CCUUCAUGUAAAGGUGCCAUUGCACUCAGCUCCUGGGGGAAGUGUUGAGAAUCUUGUGUUUUGCCGUUAUGCCUGGCGUGUAGGGUGUUGAGGCCGCGCUGACCCCCGGGAACACUCGCCGCCACGCCUGCCCACUCGUAAACCGUUGUUUGUCGCCUCGUUGUCAAGAAAGGACCAUCAAAAUUCCGGUCCCCAGCGAAUUUCGGCAGACCCGUCCAGGGAGAGCCGAAGACAUGAACGCCAGGUCGAGGAAAACCCGCUCGAGCUCCGCCAGGGGCGGUCGUGGGAAAGGAGCGGAGAGGCAAGUGCCGGCUGAUGGUGUGUACACUAACCACCGCUUCAUGCAGUCCGUCGGAGCUCUGGUGGGGCUCCCAGUAAGGAUACAAACGAAGACGAACGAUAUAAUUGAAGGCGUCUUCACGACAUUUAGUCCCAACUUUGACUUGGUGUUAGAUAUGGCUCACCCGGUGCCCCGAGGAGACACCGCAAUAAUCAACCCGGAGACCAUCAAGCGUAAGAUGAUCUUCACUGCAGCUGAUAUAGUCACUAUUAAGGUCGCCAAUGUCGAUCUAGAAUAUGCAACAAGAGAAGGGUUCGCUGUAGAUCAAGUUAUUAGCCGUUAUAAUGGUCAAGUAGUAGAGAAGACGCUGGAGCCCUGGCAAGGAGAACCCGCGUCUGAAGAUAGCGUAGUACUAGGAGAUGAAAGUUCGAAUGGCUGGGAUGUAGAUGAUAUGUUUCGUAAGAAUGAAGAAAAAUAUGGAGUAACUACUUCAUACACGCCAGAAAUGGAAGGGUACACGACCCCUCUAAACAAAAGAAAUACCGCAGAAUAUAGAGAGCGCGAAAAAGAAGCGUCGAGAAUUGCGGCGGAAAUUUUGAAAUCGCCAACGUCGACGGCGCAGUCUGAACUGGAGAAUGGAGACGAGGAAGACAAACAUGCGGCAGUAAUGAGACCAGGCGAGCAAGCUGCGGGAGGACUGGCUGGCGGUAAAUAUGUACCGCCCAUGAUGAGGAAUAAAGGCAAGAAUGGGGGCAAGUUACAGAGAUCGACACCGCCGCCCACAGGGCCACGAUACAACAAUCACGGAGGCCCCAAUCCCCCGGCGUCCACCUCUCCGUCUUACCCGGGACCGCCGGCAAGCCACAGCCCCGUGGGAAGCCUGGCGGGAGUGUCGCCGGUCUAUCCUCCGCAGCAACAGCCACAGCUUCCGUCGCCUCAUUCGCCCUCCCCGGCUGCUCAUCCUCCUCUGCACCGCAACAAUUCGCAGGGCGCUCAUCACGCGCACGCUACAGAUACCAAAGUUAAUGGGGAUGCAAAGGGGUCUUAUGAUCGUAGGAAUCACGACGGAUCUAUGAAUGAAUCGAGUCGAGAAGGUCGGCACAAUAGUAAUCAUAAUAAUAAGGUAGACAUGCACAAUCGACAGCACCAUGGGCCGCCACCUCACAACGAUGGCCAGCACCCUGUUCAACCACAGCAAAAGCCGCCACAGCAGAAGCCACCGCCGCCUCCGCAACAGCUGCAUCAACAAAACCAACACACGAGUCACAUGCCGCCCGUUGGCCAGGGCGAUCACCGCAAGGCCGAGCCACGGGAACAGCGGGAACCUCGCAAGCAACAUCGUAUGAAGGAAGAACAAAUUGCCGAGUUGAGAAAGUUCGGCGAGGACUUCAAGUUGUCUGAUCAAGCGGACAAGAAAUCACAGACACAUCACCAACAGGUGCCACCGCAGCAGCAGCAACAGCAACAGCAACAACAGCAGCAGCAGCAACAGCAGCCACCGCCACCACCACAGCAGCAGCAGACUCAGUCACAGCCACAGCAACAGUCACAGACCCAACAGCAGCAACCUCAGCCUCAACCACAGCAGCAACAGCAGCAGCAGCCCCACCCACAGCAGCAGCCCCACCUGCAGCAGCAGCCCCACCCACAGCAGCCCCACCCACAGCAGCCCCACCUGCAGCAGCCCCACCCGCAGCAGCCCCACCCACAGCAACCACUCCAGCAGCAGCCCCACCCACAGCAACCCCACCCACAGCAACCCCACCCACAGCAACCCCACCCACAGCAACCCCACCCACAGCAACCCCACCCACAACAGCCUCACCCACAACAGCCUCACCCACAACAGCCUCACCCACAACAGCCUCACCCACAACAGCCUCACCCACAGCAACCCCACCCACAGCAACCCCACCCACAGCAACCCCACCCACAGCAACCUCACCCUCAGCAUCACCAGCACCAGCAACCACAGCAACAGCAUCACCAGCAGCAGCAACCACAGCAACAGCCGCCGCCACCACCACCACAAUCAUUGCAGCAACAACCGCCACCCAUUCCCCAACAACAUCUGCCACCGCAGCACUUGCCGCCCCAGCAACACCCGCAGCAGAGACAAACUCCUCCAGUGUCGACAGCAAUGCCUCCUGGACCCCCUCAGUCUGCCCCGCAAACCUCUCACCAUCCACAAAAUACGCCUACGAUGACCAUGAGCCCAGCCACGGAAAUCGGUAAACCUCUCGAGGAGAUUGACAAGAUGGCCGCCGUGUCUCACUCCAAGCUUAAUCCUAAUGCUAAGGAAUUUGUCUUAAACCCUAAUGCCAAGCCUUUCAGUCCUCGUUCACCGAGCACGACCACCCCUCCUCGGCCUCACACACCCCAGACACCACAGAUUCCGCCAAAUCAGCCGCUACAGAUGCCCGGGAUGCACCAGGCCAUGGUAUUGACCACAGGCUCGUUUUCUGUACAGCAGCCCCCGCGAUUCCCUAAAAGAGGGUUUUCAUUUUCCACAGUUCCAGUGGGUAAUAACCAGCGUCCUGAGUACGCGUCACAGAUGCAAGUGGCAGCUGCAACAGGUCAGCCCAUCCUGGCUCCAGCACCCAUGAACACUCAGCCGCAGGCCAUGACUGCUGUCCCAAUAGCACAGAAUAUGUUACCUCAAACACAGCAUUACCAGCAGUACCCUGGUGUGCCUAUGAUGUUGCGGUUUCCUCAUGCUGGUAUGCCUAUGGUGACUGCUAUGGUGCCAACAUCGAUGGGUUUGUGUCACCAGAAUCCCGACUCUCAACAGCAGUCGCAGCAACAUGGCCAUCAGACAAUGUACAUGGCUCAGGCUAGCUUACCGCCUCACCAGCCACAUCCCGCGCACACACCUGGCCCAGUUCCUCAGCCUACUCAGCCACCGACCCCACAGAAUCCAGGAGGCGGCAGCGGACCUCCAAACAUGCCCAAUCCACCUUCGACUCCUGGACCAACUCCGCCGCAGCCCCUCAUUUACCCACACAUGGGAGGACAACCAUCUCUGCCUCAACACUUGCCGCAGCACUCUCCCCACACGGCACAGUCGCCCCACGCACCACAGUAUCCGGGGCCGGGUCAGAAUCCACCGUCGGGUGCCGGGGGCCAUCACGGAGGGCCGGGCCAGCAAAUGGCCACUCAGUUUGUGAUGCUGCCUCCACAUAUUGUGCACCAUUCGGGACCGCCGCCACACUCUGCCACGGCACACAUUCCCUCCUCCAUGGCGGGCUUCACUCCUACGUCGUCGGCCGGUGUACAGCAUUUACCAUCGGCUCCUCAUAUUCAAUACUUUUCAAGUAAGCAUCACCCACGGUUCACACAUUGAGGUGCUGCAUCGUUUAGAUAAAAAAAAAAAAAGAGGUUUUAUCAACAAUAUGAGGUAGUUCCUCAGUGAAUAUUGCUUUCUAUUUGAUUGCCACUAUUUGAUCUGUAUAAACUAUUGACAUUUAUUAUAGGGUUUUUGUGAAUUUGGGUCCAUAUCUGAACCAUGGUAUAUCUGGCAAAGUGAAGGGAGAUGAUGCUCACGAGGUGAAAAACGGUGUUUGUACCCGCAGGUACAGCCAGCAGCCAUGGUCGCUACAUGCCCCUCCUCCAUCACAGCCAAUGAAGCUUGGGGCUUAGUAACACCAAAUUCACACUUACUCCCCAGCCUUCAGUCGUGUCUGCCUGAGUGUCUGGCCUCCAUACAGGGUGGGACUUGGUGCGUGCAGGAAUAUUGGGGGGGGAUGUUUUGUUGUCGUGUUGAGAGAUGUAUUUAGUGUAGAUCGGUUAAUAUAUUGAUCUUGUUUAUAGUUGGUGUGUCAGUUUGUGUGUGGAGCAUUUGAAACUGGAGCCAUUUGCUAAAUUUUUAUACAUAUAUUAAAUAAGCAAAAUGUAAGGGGGACUUAUGCAAGGGGUUAUUUUACGGGUAUACUCCCAUAGGUUUUUCUCUCAGAUACAUUUUAGUAUUGCGAGGGUUCAACUCCCAAAUGUGAAUGGCGGGUCGCCGCAACAAUAUGAGCUCCUUUAAUGAUUACACAACUGAAGUACUGUUAGGCGUGGAGAUUGACGCGUGUACUGUUAGGGGUGGAGAUUGACGCGUGUACUGUUAGGCGUGGAGGUUGACGUGUGUACUGUUAGGGGUGGAGAUCGAUAUUUAUUGUUGAGAGUUAGAAGCUUUAUCAAGAGACCCAUAAUAUGAAAGUGUGGGGGGGGGGGGGGAGGUCAGGGUAAAGUAGUCGGUCUAGAAGAGUUUAUAUAGGGUUUUAUGGCAUGGUAACUUGUAAAGACUUGAGACGUUGGUGCCAAUUGUCAGGUGGGGGCGGCUGGAGAGCUGGGAAAUGUAAACAAAACACCAAAAAGUCAAUAAAUUACAUGAACCCUGGUGGUCUCAUUAGUAACUUUUUGAUAAAUGUAUGCACGUGAUGCAUUCAUGCUCGAGGCAAUAUUCUAUGAGAGACAAACUGACGAGGGGGCCUGUCAGACAGCUAGCCUAAUAAAAAAAAAAGCUCU